AUGAGCGACGCGAUGGACGCCUUCAUUGAAACAUCCGCCCAUGACUCGGCUCACCAGCAGACUCACCAGCAAGCCAAGAAAAAAGCUGCUAUUGGGCAAGGCUUGGCCGAAAAGCCUCGACAGACCGCAAGGCCCCUCGCCACCGCUGAUGACCACACCGCGGUUGCAGCCGAGUACAGAUACACAGGCUUGGGGGACGCGGAUGCUCACGACCUCCCCCCACAUCUGUCCGAUGCCACUCAUCAAGCGAGCUUCCACGACCACACCAUCUUAACGGACGAGGAAGUAGUUGAAGCUCUCGCCGAGGCCACCGGGGGUCGUGGAAAGAACAAGCGUAAGCGUGCGGCGCAAGACCACUUCUCUGAGCUCGUCAGUGGCACCGAAGAAAUUCCCGCGGACCUCACUGAUGUGCUGGCCAAGAAGCUGAAACUAAGCAACAGCGAUGUGGAGGCGUGGUUCUACCAAAGGCGCACAAUACACAAGUAUACGACGGCGAGCAACGGAUCUGGACACGGAGAACUGGCUGACCAAGAGCAUGCCCCACAGUCGUAUCAGCCGCGACCAGCUACGGAAGCUCGCAGGCCAACUGCGGUCACCGGAGCUGGAACCACUGAAUCAUUGGCACAAGCCCAAAGACGCGAAUCCGCCUCAGCGGCCCGUCGCCCAAGUGCGCAACAAAUCCCACGCGGAAGUAUCAUGAUGAUGCCGAUGCCGAUGCCGAUGCAGCGUCGCGCAUCGCUCAUGUUCAAUCCGAUGAUGCCACCGCAGAUGCUUCCGUACCCGCAACUGGCUGGUCCGAUGGGAGCACCCAUGCCGCCGCCAUACUUCGCAACGCCAGUCUUUUUGCAGCCGGGGAUGCCAGCUAGUCUGGCGAGUGCAGCUGCAAGUCGAAGGUUCACUUACGAAACUGGCAAUCCGGACCUUGCUGGUGGACACCCAUCACUCUCGUCGAUGUCAGCCAUGCCCCCACCGCAGCUGAUGCCUCAAUUCUACGGACAGAUGAUGUAUCCUGGGGGAGGUUACCUCGUGCCUGUCCCCUACGCUCCUCCAAUGCCUUCCGCAUCAGCUGCCGCCGUCGCCGCUGCGAGGGCAAGAAGGCAGUCAUUCCCGCAGCCGCCAUCCAACCACGAAGCGGCCAUGUACGCAGCGGCACAGAACUCGGAAUUCGACGACCUGCUUGCCCCAACAGCUGGCGUCGGGCAAUCAGAACCAUCAUCAAACGCCUGA